AUGAACGGCCACACAGCCUCUCCUCUGGACUCACCUGUCUGCAGCAGCACGGAGCCAGCCCUCAUCCCCCCAGCCACGAAGACUGUGCCAGGAGCAGAGCCCCGGGCUGUGGCGGAGCAUGCCAGGAGCAUUGCAGGGGUGUAUGUGGAGGCUUCCGGCCAGGUCCUGGGCGUCUAUGCCGCCAUGAAGCAGAACCUCUUGCCUGCUGGGCUGGGGCUGGCUCUGCUGGAGGCCCAGGCAGCUACCGGGGGCCUGGUGGAGCCCACCCAGGGCCGGCUGCUCACCGUGGCUGAGGCUCUGAGGCAGGGUCUGGUGGGCCUGGAGCUGAAGGAGAAGCUGCUAGUUGCUGAGCGUGCCGUCACUGGCUACCCUGACCCCUACGGAGGCGAGAAGCUGGCCCUGUUCCAGGCCAUUGGGAAGGAGGUGGUGGACCCUGCUCUGGGGAAGGGUUGGCUGCAGGCCCAACUGGCCACUGGGGGCCUGGUGGACCCCGUCCAGAGCAUCCGUGUAGUCCCAGAGCUGGCCUGCCAACAGGGCCUUCUGGACCAGGGCACGUGGCAGGGUCUGCUGUCGGGUAAGCCUGGCCAGGAGGCUCCAGGCUUCCUUGACCCCAACAGCCUGGAGCCGCUGCCCUACCCUGAGCUCCUGGGCAGGUGCGUGCGGGACUCCCGCUCAGGGCUGGCCCUGCUGCCCCUCAAGAUCACUUUCCGCACCCUGAGUGGGUCAGUGAGCCUGACUGAGCUUCUGGAGGCCGAAGUCAUAGAUGAGGAGAUAGCCCGGGGCCUGCAGGAGGGCAGGUUGACCGCAACAGAGGUGGGCAACCGAGCCGAGGUCCGGUGCUUCCUGCAGGGAUCUGGGGGCUUGGCAGGGGUUGUGCUGCUGCCUGCUGGCCAGAAGAAAAGCUUCUCCCAGGCAGUGGCUGAGCGCCUGCUCCCCACAGGUGCAGCUCUCUGGCUCCUGGAGGCCCAGGCGGCCACCUGUACACUGGUGGACCCGGCCAGCGGCCAGCGACUGAGUGUGGCGGAGGCCGUGCGAGCAGGCCUGGUUGGCCCAGAGCUCCACAGGCAGCUCCUGGUGGCAGAGGAGGCAGUGACUGGAUACCAUGACCCCUUCAGUGGCGCUCGUGUUCCGCUUUUUCAGGCCAUGAAGAAGGAGCUAGUGGCCAAGCCCCUGGCGCUGCGGCUUCUGGAUGCGCAGCUGGCCACGGGCGGUCUGAUGUGCCCUGACCGCAGGCUCCGGCUGCCCCUGAAGGCCGCCAUGCGCUUCGGCUGCCUGGAUGAGGAGACACGUGAGCUUCUCUCUCAGGCUUCCGGCUUUCUGGACCCCAGCACCCAAGAGAGCCUGAGCUACAGGCAGCUCCUGACCCACAGUGUCACUGACCCCGAGACGGGCCUGGCCUUCCUGCCCCUCUCAGGGGGGACCCUGGGAAAUGAGCCCCCGGGACCUCCAUUCAUUGAGCACAGCACCCGGCAGGCCUUGCUUUCAGCCAAGGCCACCAUCCCCGCAGGCAAGUUCCAGGGACAGUGUGUGUCACUCUGGGAGCUGCUCUUCUUUGAGGCCAUCCCAACGCCACAGAGGGCAGUGCUGGCCCAGCAAUACAAGGAAGGGAUUCUGUCCAUGGAGGGGCUGGCCACCACACUCAGGACCACCAUAGAACAGGCUGCUGCCACCACGAGAGUCACCUUCCCCGGACUGCGGGUGGCAGUGACCCCCAAAGAGCUGCUGCAGGCGGAGAUCAUUGGCCAAGACAUGUAUGAGCAGCUGGAACGUGGCCAGGCCACAGCACAGGACAUAGGCAGCCUGGACUCAGUGCACAGGUACCUGCAGGGCACGGGCUGCAUCGCUGGCCUGCUGUUACCUGGCUCCCAGGAGCGCCUCAGCAUCUAUGAGGCCCGCAAGAAGGGCAUCCUGCGGCCAGGAACUGCCCUUAUUCUGCUGGAGGCCCAGGCCGCCACCGGCUUCAUCAUCGACCCAAAAGCAAACAGGCGUUUCUCUGUGGAUGAGGCGCUACGGGCAGGCGUGGUCGGGCCUGAUGUGUUCUCGAAGCUACUGUCAGCUGAGCGCGCCGUCACUGGCUAUACCGACCCCUACACCGGUGAGCAGAUCUCCCUCUUCCAGGCCAUGAAGAAGGAGCUGAUCGUGCACGACCACGGCAUCCGCCUGCUGGAGGCCCAGAUCGCCACGGGCGGCAUCGUGGACCCCGUGCACAGCCACCGCGUGCCCGUGGACGUGGCCUACCAGCGUGGCUACUUUGAUGAAGAGAUGAGCCGCGUGCUGGCGGACCCGGGCGACGACACCAAGGGCUUCUUCGACCCCAACACGCAUGAGAACCUCACAUACCUGCAGCUGCUGGAGCGCUGCGUGCAGGACCCUGACACGGGGCUGUUCCUGCUCCCUCUAGGUACUGCCCAGCCCCAGCUGGUGGACAGUGCUACCCGUCAGGCCUUCCAGAACCUGCUGGUGCAAGUGAAGCAUGGGCGGUUCCGGAACCAGCGGGUAUCCGCGUGGGAGCUGGUCAACUCAGAGUACUUUAGUGAGAGCCGACGCCGGCAGCUGCUGCAGAGUUUCCGGCGGCACCAGAUCUCACUACAACAGCUGGCACAGCAGCUGGAGAGAGAGAUGGGCAGGUGGGCGGACAUCAGGAUCCCUACACUGCGGGGCCAGGUCACUGUCUACCAGCUAUUAGAGGCCCACAUCAUCGACCAGGAGCUCCUGGAGCAGGUCCUGGCUGGGGCGGUCAGCCCCGAAGCCCUGAUGCACAAGGAGACUGUCCGCAGGUACCUGCGGGGAUUGGGUGCUGUGGCGGGGGUACUCCUGCAGCCCUCCAACCGGCAGCUUAACCUGUACCAGGCUAUGAAGCAGAAGGUUCUGGGUCCCAGUGUCGCCCUGGCACUCUUGGAGGCCCAGGCAGCCACCGGGGGUCUGCUGGACCCCCACAGUCCCAAUGGCCUGUCUGUGCAGGAGGCAGUGCGCAGGGAGCUGGUGGGGCCUGAACUGUAUGGCCAGCUGCAGUGGGCUGAAGAUGCCGUUACGGGACUCAGAGACCCCUUCUCAGAGAAGCAGGUGUCCCUGUUUCAGGCCAUGAAGAAGGGUCUUAUCCCCAAGGAGCAGGCUGCCCGCCUCCUGGAGGCCCAGGUGGCCACAGGCGGGGUCAUUGACCCUACUGGCCACCACCACCUCCCCACACCCCUGGCUAUCCAGAGGGGCUACAUUGACCCAGAGAUGGACGUGGCUCUGCGCAGCUCUGCUGAGACCUUCCCCACGCUGGAUGGUCGGGGUUAUACCAGCUACGCUCACCUCUUGCAACAGUGUGUGAGGGAUGAGACCUCGGGCCUGCAGCUCCUGCCUGUGUCAGAGGCCACACCCACACUGCCCACGGACCAGCAGGUGCAGGCCGCCCUGCAGGCCACACCAGCCGCUGAGGAUGGUACAUCGCUCUGGGAGCUGCUGAGCUCUGGACACUUCACUGAGGAGCAGCGCAGGGCAUUUCUGGAGGAGUUUAGGGUGGGCAAGAGCAGCGUGGAGCAGCUACAGGACACUGUGCGCAAGUGGGUACAGGCAGCAGAGCUCCUGGCACGGGCCCGUGUCACAGUGCCUGGCCCACGGGGCCCGGUGCCUGCUGUCUGGCUGCUGGAUGCUGGCAUCAUCACCCAGGACACUCUGGCAGGGCUGGCAGAGGGCAGGCAGGCCCCUGAGGAGGUUGCUGAGCUGCCCGAGGUGAAGGCGAGUCUGUUGGGCACGGGCUGCGUGGCAGGGGUGCUGCUACAGCCCUCGGGGACCAAAGUGACCAUCGCCCAGGCCAUAAGGAAUGGUCUCUUGCCCGAGGGCCUCGGCCGCAGACUGCUGGAGGCCCAGGUGGCAGCAGGUGCCCUUGUUAAUCCUCUGACCAACCAGAGGCUCUCUGUGGAAGGUGCAGUCAGGGCUGGCCUGGUGAGCGGACAGCUUGGCGAGCAGCUCCAGCAGACUGAGAGAGCUGUGUCUGGGUAUGUGGACCCUAUUUCAGGGGCCCCCCUCUCGCUGUGGCAGGCUGUGGAGAAGGGGCUUGUGUCCCGGAGCGAGGGCCUCCCCCUCCUGCAGGUGCAGCUGGCCACCGGGGGAGUGAUGGACCCCAUCCACGGGGUACGAUUGACCCAGGAGGCAGCCUGCAGACUUGGCUUCCUGGAUGGGCCCACGAGCCAGACUCUGACCUCGGGGAAAGAAGACAGCAAGUUCUUCUUCGACCCCAACACCCGGGACAUGCUGACGUACCAGCAGCUCAGGGAGCGUUGUGUCCUGGACAACACCACAGGUCUGAGACUGCUGUCGCUGGCGGAGGACACGGCCCUGGAGGUGGAUGAGCACACAGCAGUGGCGCUGAGGGCAAUGAAGGUGCCGGUCAGCGCAGGCCGGUUCCAGGGGCACAGUGUAUCUCUCUGGGACCUGCUGCACUCAGAGUAUGUGGCGCCCAGUAAGCGGCGGGAGCUGGCAGCGCUCUGCCAGUCAGGCAGGGCUACAGCGCUGCGGCAGGCUGGCAAUGCCCUCAUAGCCCUGGUGGAGGCAGCUGACAGCCACCCAGUGCAGACCACCUUCAAAGGCCUCCGGAAGCAGGUGUCAGCCCAUGACCUUUUUCAGUCUCAGCUGAUUGACAAGAAGACGCUAGACGAGCUGAGUCGAGGGAUGAAAACCGUGCAGGAGGUGACAGAGAUGGACAGUGUGAAGCGCUUCCUGGAGGGCUGCAAUUUCAUCGCUGGCGUCAUUGUGCAGAGCACCCAGGAGAAGAUGAGCAUCUCAGAGGCCCUGCAGAGGCACCUCCUGCGGCCGGGCACAGCCCUGGUGCUGCUGGAGGCCCAAGCCGCCACUGGUUUUCUCAUUGACCCUGUGCACAACCGCAGGCUCACCGUGCAGGAUGCCUUUGCCCAAGGGCUGUUUGGGAAGGAGACCUACCAGAAGCUGCUGUCGGCCGAGCGCGCCGUCACCGGCUACACUGACCCCUACACCGGCGAGCAGAUCUCCCUCUUCCAGGCCAUGAAGAAGGAGCUGAUUGUGCGUGACCAUGGCAUCCGCCUGCUGGAGGCCCAGAUCGCCACGGGCGGCAUCAUUGACCCCGUGCACAGCCACCGUGUGCCCGUGGACGUGGCCUACCAGCGCGGUUACUUCGACGAGGAGAUGAGCCGCGUGCUGGCGGACCCGGGCGACGACACCAAGGGCUUCUUCGACCCCAACACGCACGAGAACCUCACGUACCUGCAGCUGCUGGAGCGCUGUGUGCGCGACCCCGACACAGGGCUGUUCCUGCUGCAGGUGGUGAAGAAGGGAGAAGAAUACAUAUAUAUUGAUGACGCCACCAGGCAGGCGCUGCAGGCGGCACACACAACAGUCCAUGUGGGCAGGUUCGCCCAGCAGACAGUGUCCAUCUGGGAACUGCUGUCCUCUCCGUACUUCACCGAGGAGCGGAAGCGAGGGCUCGCUUGGGACUACAGAGCCCAGAGACUGAGCCUGGAGCAGCUGCUCGAGACCAUCGUGGCGACCAUAGAGGAAACAGAAAGGAAGAGCAGUGUCAUCAAGGUGGCAGGCACAGGUGGGGAGGUGACUGCUGCCCAGCUCUUCAACUCAGGGAUCAUCGAUAAGAAGGCCCUGGAUGCCCUGCAUGCGGGGACCAAUGAGCAGCAGGACCUCAGCCAGCAGGCCCAGGUGAAGACCUAUCUGGAAGGCAGCGGCUGCAUUGCUGGGGUGAUGGUCCCCUCCACCCAGGAGGUGUUAAGCUUCUGUGAGGCCUGCAGGAAAGGACUCAUCCCCGCAGGGCUGGCGGUCCAGAUGCUGGAGGCUCAGGCAGCCACAGGCUUCCUGCUGGACCCCCACAGCCAACAGAAACUGUCUGUGGAUGAGGCUGUGGCGAAGGGCCUGGUGGAUGAGGAGCUGCGAGAGAGACUCCUGAAUGCAGGAAAAGCGGCCCAGGGCUUUGAGGACCCAGCCACAGGAGACAGGCUUUCCCUGCUGCAGGCCAUGCAAAAGAAGCUGAUCAAGAGGGAGGAUGCACUCAGGCUGCUGGAGGUGCAGGUGGCCACGGGGGGUGCACUGGACCCCUGGAACCACCACCGGCUACCACUGGAUACGGCCUACAGACGUGGCUGUCUGAGCCAGGACACGUACAUGCUGGUGGCUGAUAAAAGACACAUGAAGAAACGCUUUCUAGACCCCAACACGCAGCAGAAGGUCACCUAUCAGGAGAUGCAAGAGAAGUGCCACCGGGAUGAGAAAACAGGAUGGAUACUGCUGCCACUCGACCCAGGGGCGGAGGACAGCAUGUACAUUGAUGAGGCGACCAGAAGGGCACUGGAGGCUGAGCAUGUGGAUGUGCAGGUGGGGAGGUACCGGGGCCAGAGGCCGUCUGUGUGGGAGCUGCUGAACUCAGAGUAUGUGACGGAGAAGGAAAAGAUUGAGCUGGUGAGGCAGUACAAAGAAGACACGAAAAACGCCCUAACAAAAGUGGUGCAGGUAAUAUAUACGAUGAUUGAAGACAGGGAGAAGAGGAACAAGACACCGUGGUUCCGAGGUCUCCGCAAGCAGGUCACCGCCGCAGAACUCUGCCAGUCAGGAAUCAUCUCCAAAGAUGUGCUCCAGGCACUGGACCAAGGCAGCUGUACGGUGCAGGAUGUACAGAAAGAGAAAGGAGUUCAACGCUACCUGGAGGGCGAGAGCUGCAUCGCGGGCGUGCUGGUGCCCUCCAGGGACCGGCCCGGGCAGCAGGAGAAGAUGAGCAUCUACCAGGCCAUGUGGAAGGGCGUCCUGCGGCCGGGCACGGCCCUGGUGCUGCUGGAGGCCCAGGCCGCCACCGGCUUCAUCAUCGACCCCGUGCACGACCGCCGGCUGUCGGUGGAGGAGGCCGUGGCCGCGGGCGUGGUGGGCGGCGAGAUCCGAGACAAGCUGCUGUCGGCCGAGCGCGCCGUCACCGGCUACACCGACCCCUACACCGGCGAGCAGAUCUCCCUCUUCCAGGCCAUGAAGAAGGAGCUGAUCGUGCACGACCACGGCAUCCGCCUGCUGGAGGCCCAGAUCGCCACGGGCGGCAUCGUGGACCCCGUGCACAGCCACCGCGUGCCCGUGGACGUGGCCUACCAACGCGGCUACUUCGACGAGGAGAUGAGCCGCGUGCUGGCGGACCCGGGCGACGACACCAAGGGCUUCUUCGACCCCAACACGCACGAGAACCUCACGUACCUGCAGCUGCUGCGGCGCUGCGUGCGCGACCCCGACACGGGGCUGUACAUGCUGCAGCUGGCCGGCCCGCGCUCGGCCCUGCACCAGCUGAGCGAGGAGCUGCGCGCCGCCCUGCGCCAGGCGCGCGUGGCCGUGGGCGCGGGCUCCCUGCGGGGCCAGAGCCUGUCGGUGUGGGAGCUCCUCUUCUACCGAGAGGUGUCCGAGGACCUGCGGCAGGAACUGCUCCGGGGCUUGGGAGCGGGCAGCCUCAGCGUGCAGGACGUGGGGGCCUCCCUGGUCUCGCAGCUGGCCCGGGCCGAGGAGGGGCGCCCGGCCCCGGCGGACCUCCGCGAGUCGCUUCGCGCCGCCACCAUGGAGGUGAGGGUGGGCCGGCUGCGCGGGCCGGUGGUGCCCGUGUGGGACGUGCUGGCGUCCGGCUACCUGAGCGGGCCCACGCGGGAGCAGCUGCUGGCCCAGUUCGGGGCGGGGAGCCUGGGCCUGUCCGCGCUCACGCGCCGGCUGACCACCAUCAUCGAGGAGGCCGAGGAGGCCGAGGAGCGGGCCCGGGCCCGGUGCGCGGAGGAGGCGGCCGGGGACCACCUCCGGCCCGAAGUGGCCCCCCGCGGUCCCGAGGCACACACCAACGGCGACCCGGACGCCUCCCGGGCCGACAGCGGCGGUGAUGCCGGUGCCGAUGCCAGUGACGCUAAUGCCGCCCGGCGCCAACAGGAGCAGGCCCUGCGUGCCGCCACCAUGCAAGUGAGCGUCGGGCAGUUCCAGGGGCAGGCGGUGGCGCUGUGGGACGUCCUGUGGUCCUCCUAUGUGAGCCAGGCGCGCCGCGAAGAGCUGCUGGCCCAGCACGCGGCCGGAGCCCUGGCCCUGCCCGCCCUGGAAGCCGUCCUCACGCAGCUCAUCGAGGAGGCCGAGGAGAGGCUGAGCCAGGUGCGCUUCCGCGGCCUGCGGCACCAGGUGUCCGCCAGCCAGCUGGGCAAGUCGGGCAUCCUGGACGCGGACACCCUGCGCGGCCUGGCCCAGGGCACCAAGAGCCUGCGGGAGGUGACCGAGAUGGACUCGGUGCGGCGCUACCUGGAGGGCGAGAGCUGCAUCGCGGGCGUGCUGGUGCCCUCCAGGGACCGGCCCGGGCAGCAGGAGAAGAUGAGCAUCUACCAGGCCAUGUGGAAGGGCGUCCUGCGGCCGGGCACGGCCCUGGUGCUGCUGGAGGCCCAGGCCGCCACCGGCUUCAUCAUCGACCCCGUGCACGACCGCCGGCUGUCGGUGGAGGAGGCCGUGGCCGCGGGCGUGGUGGGCGGCGAGAUCCGAGACAAGCUGCUGUCGGCCGAGCGCGCCGUCACCGGCUACACCGACCCCUACACCGGCGAGCAGAUCUCCCUCUUCCAGGCCAUGAAGAAGGAGCUGAUCGUGCACGACCACGGCAUCCGCCUGCUGGAGGCCCAGAUCGCCACGGGCGGCAUCGUGGACCCCGUGCACAGCCACCGCGUGCCCGUGGACGUGGCCUACCAGCGCGGCUACUUCGACGAGGAGAUGAGCCGCGUGCUGGCGGACCCGGGCGACGACACCAAGGGCUUCUUCGACCCCAACACGCACGAGAACCUCACGUACCUGCAGCUGCUGCGGCGCUGCGUGCGCGACCCCGACACGGGGCUGUACAUGCUGCAGCUGGCCGGCCCGCGCUCGGCCCUGCACCAGCUGAGCGAGGAGCUGCGCGCCGCCCUGCGCCAGGCGCGCGUGGCCGUGGGCGCGGGCUCCCUGCGGGGCCAGAGCCUGUCGGUGUGGGAGCUCCUCUUCUACCGAGAGGUGUCCGAGGACCUGCGGCAGGAACUGCUCCGGGGCUUGGGAGCGGGCAGCCUCAGCGUGCAGGACGUGGGGGCCUCCCUGGUCUCGCAGCUGGCCCGGGCCGAGGAGGGGCGCCCGGCCCCGGCGGACCUCCGCGAGUCGCUUCGCGCCGCCACCAUGGAGGUGAGGGUGGGCCGGCUGCGCGGGCCGGUGGUGCCCGUGUGGGACGUGCUGGCGUCCGGCUACCUGAGCGGGCCCACGCGGGAGCAGCUGCUGGCCCAGUUCGGGGCGGGGAGCCUGGGCCUGUCCGCGCUCACGCGCCGGCUGACCACCAUCAUCGAGGAGGCCGAGGAGGCCGAGGAGCGGGCCCGGGCCCGGUGCGCGGAGGAGGCGGCCGGGGACCACCUCCGGCCCGAAGUGGCCCCCCGCGGUCCCGAGGCACACACCAACGGCGACCCGGACGCCUCCCGGGCCGACAGCGGCGGUGAUGCCGGUGCCGAUGCCAGUGACGCUAAUGCCGCCCGGCGCCAACAGGAGCAGGCCCUGCGUGCCGCCACCAUGCAAGUGAGCGUCGGGCAGUUCCAGGGGCAGGCGGUGGCGCUGUGGGACGUCCUGUGGUCCUCCUAUGUGAGCCCGGCGCGCCGCGAAGAGCUGCUGGCCCAGCACGCGGCCGGAGCCCUGGCCCUGCCCGCCCUGGAAGCCGUCCUCACGCAGCUCAUCGAGGAGGCCGAGGAGAGGCUGAGCCAGGUGCGCUUCCGCGGCCUGCGGCACCAGGUGUCCGCCAGCCAGCUGGGCAAGUCGGGCAUCCUGGACGCGGACACCCUGCGCGGCCUGGCCCAGGGCACCAAGAGCCUGCGGGAGGUGACCGAGAUGGACUCGGUGCGGCGCUACCUGGAGGGCGAGAGCUGCAUCGCGGGCGUGCUGGUGCCCUCCAGGGACCGGCCCGGGCAGCAGGAGAAGAUGAGCAUCUACCAGGCCAUGUGGAAGGGCGUCCUGCGGCCGGGCACGGCCCUGGUGCUGCUGGAGGCCCAGGCCGCCACCGGCUUCAUCAUCGACCCCGUGCACGACCGCCGGCUGUCGGUGGAGGAGGCCGUGGCCGCGGGCGUGGUGGGCGGCGAGAUCCGAGACAAGCUGCUGUCGGCCGAGCGCGCCGUCACCGGCUACACCGACCCCUACACCGGCGAGCAGAUCUCCCUCUUCCAGGCCAUGAAGAAGGAGCUGAUCGUGCACGACCACGGCAUCCGCCUGCUGGAGGCCCAGAUCGCCACGGGCGGCAUCGUGGACCCCGUGCACAGCCACCGCGUGCCCGUGGACGUGGCCUACCAGCGCGGCUACUUCGACGAGGAGAUGAGCCGCGUGCUGGCGGACCCGGGCGACGACACCAAGGGCUUCUUCGACCCCAACACGCACGAGAACCUCACGUACCUGCAGCUGCUGCGGCGCUGCGUGCGCGACCCCGACACGGGGCUGUACAUGCUGCAGCUGGCCGGCCCGCGCUCGGCCCUGCACCAGCUGAGCGAGGAGCUGCGCGCCGCCCUGCGCCAGGCGCGCGUGGCCGUGGGCGCGGGCUCCCUGCGGGGCCAGAGCCUGUCGGUGUGGGAGCUCCUCUUCUACCGAGAGGUGUCCGAGGACCUGCGGCAGGAACUGCUCCGGGGCUUGGGAGCGGGCAGCCUCAGCGUGCAGGACGUGGGGGCCUCCCUGGUCUCGCAGCUGGCCCGGGCCGAGGAGGGGCGCCCGGCCCCGGCGGACCUCCGCGAGUCGCUUCGCGCCGCCACCAUGGAGGUGAGGGUGGGCCGGCUGCGCGGGCCGGUGGUGCCCGUGUGGGACGUGCUGGCGUCCGGCUACCUGAGCGGGCCCACGCGGGAGCAGCUGCUGGCCCAGUUCGGGGCGGGGAGCCUGGGCCUGUCCGCGCUCACGCGCCGGCUGACCACCAUCAUCGAGGAGGCCGAGGAGGCCGAGGAGCGGGCCCGGUCCCGGUGCGCGGAGGAGGCGGCCGGGGACCACCUCCGGCCCGAAGUGGCCCCCCGCGGUCCCGAGGCACACACCAACGGCGACCCGGACGCCUCCCGGGCCGACAGCGGCGGUGAUGCCGGUGCCGAUGCCAGUGACGCUAAUGCCGCCCGGCGCCAACAGGAGCAGGCCCUGCGUGCCGCCACCAUGCAAGUGAGCGUCGGGCAGUUCCAGGGGCAGGCGGUGGCGCUGUGGGACGUCCUGUGGUCCUCCUAUGUGAGCCCGGCGCGCCGCGAAGAGCUGCUGGCCCAGCACGCGGCCGGAGCCCUGGCCCUGCCCGCCCUGGAAGCCGUCCUCACGCAGCUCAUCGAGGAGGCCGAGGAGAGGCUGAGCCAGGUGCGCUUCCGCGGCCUGCGGCACCAGGUGUCCGCCAGCCAGCUGGGCAAGUCGGGCAUCCUGGACGCGGACACCCUGCGCGGCCUGGCCCAGGGCACCAAGAGCCUGCGGGAGGUGACCGAGAUGGACUCGGUGCGGCGCUACCUGGAGGGCGAGAGCUGCAUCGCGGGCGUGCUGGUGCCCUCCAGGGACCGGCCCGGGCAGCAGGAGAAGAUGAGCAUCUACCAGGCCAUGUGGAAGGGCGUCCUGCGGCCGGGCACGGCCCUGGUGCUGCUGGAGGCCCAGGCCGCCACCGGCUUCAUCAUCGACCCCGUGCACGACCGCCGGCUGUCGGUGGAGGAGGCCGUGGCCGCGGGCGUGGUGGGCGGCGAGAUCCGAGACAAGCUGCUGUCGGCCGAGCGCGCCGUCACCGGCUACACCGACCCCUACACCGGCGAGCAGAUCUCCCUCUUCCAGGCCAUGAAGAAGGAGCUGAUCGUGCACGACCACGGCAUCCGCCUGCUGGAGGCCCAGAUCGCCACGGGCGGCAUCGUGGACCCCGUGCACAGCCACCGCGUGCCCGUGGACGUGGCCUACCAGCGCGGCUACUUCGACGAGGAGAUGAGCCGCGUGCUGGCGGACCCGGGCGACGACACCAAGGGCUUCUUCGACCCCAACACGCACGAGAACCUCACGUACCUGCAGCUGCUGCGGCGCUGCGUGCGCGACCCCGACACGGGGCUGUACAUGCUGCAGCUGGCCGGCCCGCGCUCGGCCCUGCACCAGCUGAGCGAGGAGCUGCGCGCCGCCCUGCGCCAGGCGCGCGUGGCCGUGGGCGCGGGCUCCCUGCGGGGCCAGAGCCUGUCGGUGUGGGAGCUCCUCUUCUACCGAGAGGUGUCCGAGGAUCUGCGGCAGGAACUGCUCCGGGGCUUGGGAGCGGGCAGCCUCAGCGUGCAGGACGUGGGGGCCUCCCUGGUCUCGCAGCUGGCCCGGGCCGAGGAGGGGCGCCCGGCCCCGGCGGACCUCCGCGAGUCGCUUCGCGCCGCCACCAUGGAGGUGAGGGUGGGCCGGCUGCGCGGGCCGGUGGUGCCCGUGUGGGACGUGCUGGCGUCCGGCUACCUGAGCGGGCCCACGCGGGAGCAGCUGCUGGCCCAGUUCGGGGCGGGGAGCCUGGGCCUGUCCGCGCUCACGCGCCGGCUGACCACCAUCAUCGAGGAGGCCGAGGAGGCCGAGGAGCGGGCCCGGGCCCGGUGCGCGGAGGAGGCGGCCGGGGACCACCUCCGGCCCGAAGUGGCCCCCCGCGGUCCCGAGGCACACACCAACGGCGACCCGGACGCCUCCCGGGCCGACAGCGGCGGUGAUGCCGGUGCCGAUGCCAGUGACGCUAAUGCCGCCCGGCGCCAACAGGAGCAGGCCCUGCGUGCCGCCACCAUGCAAGUGAGCGUCGGGCAGUUCCAGGGGCAGGCGGUGGCGCUGUGGGACGUCCUGUGGUCCUCCUAUGUGAGCCCGGCGCGCCGCGAAGAGCUGCUGGCCCAGCACGCGGCCGGAGCCCUGGCCCUGCCCGCCCUGGAAGCCGUCCUCACGCAGCUCAUCGAGGAGGCCGAGGAGAGGCUGAGCCAGGUGCGCUUCCGCGGCCUGCGGCACCAGGUGUCCGCCAGCCAGCUGGGCAAGUCGGGCAUCCUGGACGCGGACACCCUGCGCGGCCUGGCCCAGGGCACCAAGAGCCUGCGGGAGGUGACCGAGAUGGACUCGGUGCGGCGCUACCUGGAGGGCGAGAGCUGCAUCGCGGGCGUGCUGGUGCCCUCCAGGGACCGGCCCGGGCAGCAGGAGAAGAUGAGCAUCUACCAGGCCAUGUGGAAGGGCGUCCUGCGGCCGGGCACGGCCCUGGUGCUGCUGGAGGCCCAGGCCGCCACCGGCUUCAUCAUCGACCCCGUGCACGACCGCCGGCUGUCGGUGGAGGAGGCCGUGGCCGCGGGCGUGGUGGGCGGCGAGAUCCGAGACAAGCUGCUGUCGGCCGAGCGCGCCGUCACCGGCUACACCGACCCCUACACCGGCGAGCAGAUCUCCCUCUUCCAGGCCAUGAAGAAGGAGCUGAUCGUGCACGACCACGGCAUCCGCCUGCUGGAGGCCCAGAUCGCCACGGGCGGCAUCGUGGACCCCGUGCACAGCCACCGCGUGCCCGUGGACGUGGCCUACCAGCGCGGCUACUUCGACGAGGAGAUGAGCCGCGUGCUGGCGGACCCGGGCGACGACACCAAGGGCUUCUUCGACCCCAACACGCACGAGAACCUCACGUACCUGCAGCUGCUGCGGCGCUGCGUGCGCGACCCCGACACGGGGCUGUACAUGCUGCAGCUGGCCGGCCCGCGCUCGGCCCUGCACCAGCUGAGCGAGGAGCUGCGCGCCGCCCUGCGCCAGGCGCGCGUGGCCGUGGGCGCGGGCUCCCUGCGGGGCCAGAGCCUGUCGGUGUGGGAGCUCCUCUUCUACCGAGAGGUGUCCGAGGAUCUGCGGCAGGAACUGCUCCGGGGCUUGGGAGCGGGCAGCCUCAGCGUGCAGGACGUGGGGGCCUCCCUGGUCUCGCAGCUGGCCCGGGCCGAGGAGGGGCGCCCGGCCCCGGCGGACCUCCGCGAGUCGCUUCGCGCCGCCACCAUGGAGGUGAGGGUGGGCCGGCUGCGCGGGCCGGUGGUGCCCGUGUGGGACGUGCUGGCGUCCGGCUACCUGAGCGGGCCCACGCGGGAGCAGCUGCUGGCCCAGUUCGGGGCGGGGAGCCUGGGCCUGUCCGCGCUCACGCGCCGGCUGACCACCAUCAUCGAGGAGGCCGAGGAGGCCGAGGAGCGGGCCCGGGCCCGGUGCGCGGAGGAGGCGGCCGGGGACCACCUCCGGCCCGAAGUGGCCCCCCGCGGUCCCGAGGCACACACCAACGGCGACCCGGACGCCUCCCGGGCCGACAGCGGCGGUGAUGCCGGUGCCGAUGCCAGUGACGCUAAUGCCGCCCGGCGCCAACAGGAGCAGGCCCUGCGUGCCGCCACCAUGCAAGUGAGCGUCGGGCAGUUCCAGGGGCAGGCGGUGGCGCUGUGGGACGUCCUGUGGUCCUCCUAUGUGAGCCCGGCGCGCCGCGAAGAGCUGCUGGCCCAGCACGCGGCCGGAGCCCUGGCCCUGCCCGCCCUGGAAGCCGUCCUCACGCAGCUCAUCGAGGAGGCCGAGGAGAGGCUGAGCCAGGUGCGCUUCCGCGGCCUGCGGCACCAGGUGUCCGCCAGCCAGCUGGGCAAGUCGGGCAUCCUGGACGCGGACACCCUGCGCGGCCUGGCCCAGGGCACCAAGAGCCUGCGGGAGGUGACCGAGAUGGACUCGGUGCGGCGCUACCUGGAGGGCGAGAGCUGCAUCGCGGGCGUGCUGGUGCCCUCCAGGGACCGGCCCGGGCAGCAGGAGAAGAUGAGCAUCUACCAGGCCAUGUGGAAGGGCGUCCUGCGGCCGGGCACGGCCCUGGUGCUGCUGGAGGCCCAGGCCGCCACCGGCUUCAUCAUCGACCCCGUGCACGACCGCCGGCUGUCGGUGGAGGAGGCCGUGGCCGCGGGCGUGGUGGGCGGCGAGAUCCGAGACAAGCUGCUGUCGGCCGAGCGCGCCGUCACCGGCUACACCGACCCCUACACCGGCGAGCAGAUCUCCCUCUUCCAGGCCAUGAAGAAGGAGCUGAUCGUGCACGACCACGGCAUCCGCCUGCUGGAGGCCCAGAUCGCCACGGGCGGCAUCGUGGACCCCGUGCACAGCCACCGCGUGCCCGUGGACGUGGCCUACCAGCGCGGCUACUUCGACGAGGAGAUGAGCCGCGUGCUGGCGGACCCGGGCGACGACACCAAGGGCUUCUUCGACCCCAACACGCACGAGAACCUCACGUACCUGCAGCUGCUGCGGCGCUGCGUGCGCGACCCCGACACGGGGCUGUACAUGCUGCAGCUGGCCGGCCCGCGCUCGGCCCUGCACCAGCUGAGCGAGGAGCUGCGCGCCGCCCUGCGCCAGGCGCGCGUGGCCGUGGGCGCGGGCUCCCUGCGGGGCCAGAGCCUGUCGGUGUGGGAGCUCCUCUUCUACCGAGAGGUGUCCGAGGACCUGCGGCAGGAACUGCUCCGGGGCUUGGGAGCGGGCAGCCUCAGCGUGCAGGACGUGGGGGCCUCCCUGGUCUCGCAGCUGGCCCGGGCCGAGGAGGGGCGCCCGGCCCCGGCGGACCUCCGCGAGUCGCUUCGCGCCGCCACCAUGGAGGUGAGGGUGGGCCGGCUGCGCGGGCCGGUGGUGCCCGUGUGGGACGUGCUGGCGUCCGGCUACCUGAGCGGGCCCACGCGGGAGCAGCUGCUGGCCCAGUUCGGGGCGGGGAGCCUGGGCCUGUCCGCGCUCACGCGCCGGCUGACCACCAUCAUCGAGGAGGCCGAGGAGGCCGAGGAGCGGGCCCGGGCCCGGUGCGCGGAGGAGGCGGCCGGGGACCACCUCCGGCCCGAAGUGGCCCCCCGCGGUCCCGAGGCACACACCAACGGCGACCCGGACGCCUCCCGGGCCGACAGCGGCGGUGAUGCCGGUGCCGAUGCCAGUGACGCUAAUGCCGCCCGGCGCCAACAGGAGCAGGCCCUGCGUGCCGCCACCAUGCAAGUGAGCGUCGGGCAGUUCCAGGGGCAGGCGGUGGCGCUGUGGGACGUCCUGUGGUCCUCCUAUGUGAGCCCGGCGCGCCGCGAAGAGCUGCUGGCCCAGCACGCGGCCGGAGCCCUGGCCCUGCCCGCCCUGGAAGCCGUCCUCACGCAGCUCAUCGAGGAGGCCGAGGAGAGGCUGAGCCAGGUGCGCUUCCGCGGCCUGCGGCACCAGGUGUCCGCCAGCCAGCUGGGCAAGUCGGGCAUCCUGGACGCGGACACCCUGCGCGGCCUGGCCCAGGGCACCAAGAGCCUGCGGGAGGUGACCGAGAUGGACUCGGUGCGGCGCUACCUGGAGGGCGAGAGCUGCAUCGCGGGCGUGCUGGUGCCCUCCAGGGACCGGCCCGGGCAGCAGGAGAAGAUGAGCAUCUACCAGGCCAUGUGGAAGGGCGUCCUGCGGCCGGGCACGGCCCUGGUGCUGCUGGAGGCCCAGGCCGCCACCGGCUUCAUCAUCGACCCCGUGCACGACCGCCGGCUGUCGGUGGAGGAGGCCGUGGCCGCGGGCGUGGUGGGCGGCGAGAUCCGAGACAAGCUGCUGUCGGCCGAGCGCGCCGUCACCGGCUACACCGACCCCUACACCGGCGAGCAGAUCUCCCUCUUCCAGGCCAUGAAGAAGGAGCUGAUCGUGCACGACCACGGCAUCCGCCUGCUGGAGGCCCAGAUCGCCACGGGCGGCAUCGUGGACCCCGUGCACAGCCACCGCGUGCCCGUGGACGUGGCCUACCAGCGCGGCUACUUCGACGAGGAGAUGAGCCGCGUGCUGGCGGACCCGGGCGACGACACCAAGGGCUUCUUCGACCCCAACACGCACGAGAACCUCACGUACCUGCAGCUGCUGCGGCGCUGCGUGCGCGACCCCGACACGGGGCUGUACAUGCUGCAGCUGGCCGGCCCGCGCUCGGCCCUGCACCAGCUGAGCGAGGAGCUGCGCGCCGCCCUGCGCCAGGCGCGCGUGGCCGUGGGCGCGGGCUCCCUGCGGGGCCAGAGCCUGUCGGUGUGGGAGCUCCUCUUCUACCGAGAGGUGUCCGAGGACCUGCGGCAGGAACUGCUCCGGGGCUUGGGAGCGGGCAGCCUCAGCGUGCAGGACGUGGGGGCCUCCCUGGUCUCGCAGCUGGCCCGGGCCGAGGAGGGGCGCCCGGCCCCGGCGGACCUCCGCGAGUCGCUUCGCGCCGCCACCAUGGAGGUGAGGGUGGGCCGGCUGCGCGGGCCGGUGGUGCCCGUGUGGGACGUGCUGGCGUCCGGCUACCUGAGCGGGCCCACGCGGGAGCAGCUGCUGGCCCAGUUCGGGGCGGGGAGCCUGGGCCUGUCCGCGCUCACGCGCCGGCUGACCACCAUCAUCGAGGAGGCCGAGGAGGCCGAGGAGCGGGCCCGGGCCCGGUGCGCGGAGGAGGCGGCCGGGGACCACCUCCGGCCCGAAGUGGCCCCCCGCGGUCCCGAGGCACACACCAACGGCGACCCGGACGCCUCCCGGGCCGACAGCGGCGGUGAUGCCGGUGCCGAUGCCAGUGACGCUAAUGCCGCCCGGCGCCAACAGGAGCAGGCCCUGCGUGCCGCCACCAUGCAAGUGAGCGUCGGGCAGUUCCAGGGGCAGGCGGUGGCGCUGUGGGACGUCCUGUGGUCCUCCUAUGUGAGCCCGGCGCGCCGCGAAGAGCUGCUGGCCCAGCACGCGGCCGGAGCCCUGGCCCUGCCCGCCCUGGAAGCCGUCCUCACGCAGCUCAUCGAGGAGGCCGAGGAGAGGCUGAGCCAGGUGCGCUUCCGCGGCCUGCGGCACCAGGUGUCCGCCAGCCAGCUGGGCAAGUCGGGCAUCCUGGACGCGGACACCCUGCGCGGCCUGGCCCAGGGCACCAAGAGCCUGCGGGAGGUGACCGAGAUGGACUCGGUGCGGCGCUACCUGGAGGGCGAGAGCUGCAUCGCGGGCGUGCUGGUGCCCUCCAGGGACCGGCCCGGGCAGCAGGAGAAGAUGAGCAUCUACCAGGCCAUGUGGAAGGGCGUCCUGCGGCCGGGCACGGCCCUGGUGCUGCUGGAGGCCCAGGCCGCCACCGGCUUCAUCAUCGACCCCGUGCACGACCGCCGGCUGUCGGUGGAGGAGGCCGUGGCCGCGGGCGUGGUGGGCGGCGAGAUCCGAGACAAGCUGCUGUCGGCCGAGCGCGCCGUCACCGGCUACACCGACCCCUACACCGGCGAGCAGAUCUCCCUCUUCCAGGCCAUGAAGAAGGAGCUGAUCGUGCACGACCACGGCAUCCGCCUGCUGGAGGCCCAGAUCGCCACGGGCGGCAUCGUGGACCCCGUGCACAGCCACCGCGUGCCCGUGGACGUGGCCUACCAGCGCGGCUACUUCGACGAGGAGAUGAGCCGCGUGCUGGCGGACCCGGGCGACGACACCAAGGGCUUCUUCGACCCCAACACGCACGAGAACCUCACGUACCUGCAGCUGCUGCGGCGCUGCGUGCGCGACCCCGACACGGGGCUGUACAUGCUGCAGCUGGCCGGCCCGCGCUCGGCCCUGCACCAGCUGAGCGAGGAGCUGCGCGCCGCCCUGCGCCAGGCGCGCGUGGCCGUGGGCGCGGGCUCCCUGCGGGGCCAGAGCCUGUCGGUGUGGGAGCUCCUCUUCUACCGAGAGGUGUCCGAGGACCUGCGGCAGGAACUGCUCCGGGGCUUGGGAGCGGGCAGCCUCAGCGUGCAGGACGUGGGGGCCUCCCUGGUCUCGCAGCUGGCCCGGGCCGAGGAGGGGCGCCCGGCCCCGGCGGACCUCCGCGAGUCGCUUCGCGCCGCCACCAUGGAGGUGAGGGUGGGCCGGCUGCGCGGGCCGGUGGUGCCCGUGUGGGAUGUGCUGGCGUCCGGCUACCUGAGCGGGCCCACGCGGGAGCAGCUGCUGGCCCAGUUCGGGGCGGGGAGCCUGGGCCUGUCCGCGCUCACGCGCCGGCUGACCACCAUCAUCGAGGAGGCCGAGGAGGCCGAGGAGCGGGCCCGGGCCCGGUGCGCGGAGGAGGCGGCCGGGGACCACCUCCGGCCCGAAGUGGCCCCCCGCGGUCCCGAGGCACACACCAACGGCGACCCGGACGCCUCCCGGGCCGACAGCGGCGGUGAUGCCGGUGCCGAUGCCAGUGACGCUAAUGCCGCCCGGCGCCAACAGGAGCAGGCCCUGCGUGCCGCCACCAUGCAAGUGAGCGUCGGGCAGUUCCAGGGGCAGGCGGUGGCGCUGUGGGACGUCCUGUGGUCCUCCUAUGUGAGCCAGGCGCGCCGCGAAGAGCUGCUGGCCCAGCACGCGGCCGGAGCCCUGGCCCUGCCCGCCCUGGAAGCCGUCCUCACGCAGCUCAUCGAGGAGGCCGAGGAGAGGCUGAGCCAGGUGCGCUUCCGCGGCCUGCGGCACCAGGUGUCCGCCAGCCAGCUGGGCAAGUCGGGCAUCCUGGACGCGGACACCCUGCGCGGCCUGGCCCAGGGCACCAAGAGCCUGCGGGAGGUGACCGAGAUGGACUCGGUGCGGCGCUACCUGGAGGGCGAGAGCUGCAUCGCGGGCGUGCUGGUGCCCUCCAGGGACCGGCCCGGGCAGCAGGAGAAGAUGAGCAUCUACCAGGCCAUGUGGAAGGGCGUCCUGCGGCCGGGCACGGCCCUGGUGCUGCUGGAGGCCCAGGCCGCCACCGGCUUCAUCAUCGACCCCGUGCACGACCGCCGGCUGUCGGUGGAGGAGGCCGUGGCCGCGGGCGUGGUGGGCGGCGAGAUCCGAGACAAGCUGCUGUCGGCCGAGCGCGCCGUCACCGGCUACACCGACCCCUACACCGGCGAGCAGAUCUCCCUCUUCCAGGCCAUGAAGAAGGAGCUGAUCGUGCACGACCACGGCAUCCGCCUGCUGGAGGCCCAGAUCGCCACGGGCGGCAUCGUGGACCCCGUGCACAGCCACCGCGUGCCCGUGGACGUGGCCUACCAACGCGGCUACUUCGACGAGGAGAUGAGCCGCGUGCUGGCGGACCCGGGCGACGACACCAAGGGCUUCUUCGACCCCAACACGCACGAGAACCUCACGUACCUGCAACUGAUGGAGCGCUGCGUGCGCGACCCCGACUCGGGGCUUCUCUUUUUGUCUCUGUCCUAACUUACAUAAAUCCACUUUUAG